AUGUCGUUCCUGCCGUCAUUCUCCUCGCUUGCGGCACCAUCCACUUCCACUGCUUCCUCUUCGUCACAGCUCAGCUUCAAGCCAGCCUCUCUAUCGUACUUCACGAUCUUUUGCCCUGCACUCAAACCGCCCAAGAAGAAACGAACCCAGGACACACGGCACGAUGAUACAUCUGCUGCUCAGGAGGAGGCAGAGGAUGAAGAUGCACGCGAGACAGCACGUGAAGCGGCCCAAAUCCUGUUCUAUACCAGCCGAGCUCGGGCCGCGCUCAAAGACCGUAUGCUGCGCCAGAUCGGGGUGGCGAAAGGCAUGAUCGAGUUCUGCAGCAUGGUCAGCCAACCCAGCGGCACCACAACCACCAGCAGGCAGGUGGGAAGCCAGGCCGGCGGAAAAGGUCGGUCGUGGAACGUGCACUCGAGCAAGCGCCGCAUGAUCCUCGUUGAAGUCGAAUCAGGCAUCUGGGUGCACGCCAGCAUCGAUUUACCGUAUACAACGAGAGCGGCUGCCGACCCACGCGCAAAAGCCGCCAAGGAGCACCACGACGCCUUGCUGCCGGACGUAUGGCUCGAAGAGAGCAUCCGCCGCGCAUGGAGGGAUUGGGUGCUGCUCAACGGCUGCCCCGCCCACCUCCUCUCCCAAAAAGCGGGGAGAGCGGCCCUCGAGAGGUCGCUGGAAAAAUACUUCAGCGUCUGGGCCUGGAGCUGGGAUUUGGAACUCGCGACGAAUGCAGACGUGGCUCAGCGAGGCAGCCUCUUUACCGAUUGCGUUGAAGGCUUCCCCGUGGUACCCCGGGCGCCGCGUGCAAAGUUGAUGCAAUUGAUGCAGUCGGAUGCAGUGCAAAGAAUCACGAGGGGUAAACACGGCGAAAGAGACGUGGUCGUCUUGUCAGAGACGUCGCUGCUGUGGCCACCCACCAACGCCGGCUGCUUCGACUCGGAGGACGAGGACGAGGGCAGCGACGAGUCUGGUCACCCUCUAAAACGCAGCAAGUUGAACGCCCCAAAGCAGGACGGUGCAUCAUCUUCCGUAGACCCGCAAACGAAAGCCGAGCUGCUUCGACGAGUGGUGAGCCACCUUACGGGUCUCGAAAGGGAGCGCGAUCUGAUUCGCGCCGCUUCAGCCUCGAGCACUAGCGAUGGACGCAAGAGAGGCACAUCCGGUGCUAUCCGGGAACGCGGAUCAACGAGCGGCAAUGGCAAACGAGACGUGCGCAACGGUCUACUCUCCGCUGGUGCGGGGACGAGCAACAGGCGCGUCGUCUCUUCGCCCAUCGUGCAGCAGCAGCAACAACGUGCAACAAGCGCAUCGAGCGUCGCGUCGUCCACCACUUCCGAAGCAUCCAAAUGGUCCAACUGGGGCAGCGUAUUCAGUGGGUUGGGAAAGCUCGGUUUCCGCAGCGGCGCUGAUGACUCGAAAGCGGCUGGAGAAGACCAUGUCAGCGGUGAGUCAGAGGCUGCAGAUGUCUUGGUCAUCACCGCUGACCUCAGUGGUGCAGACACGAGUAUUGUGGAUGCGGCCAUACCUUCCUCUUCCUCGCCUAUCGAAGCGCCAGUGGCUAGCAAAGAUGCGAGUGAGAGCGACGGAGCUGCGGAAGCAUCAAGCCCGCUGCAGCUGUUUCAGCAACGUCUCGCCGAUGCGAUCCCAAUCCAAGAGGCGGGAGGUAAGAUGUGGACCGGCGCGGAGGUGGCAUUCCGUGGCAUCAGCGCUUCGCUCGGGCUAGCAAAUGCGUCAGCACCGAAUGCGCCUCAGACUUCAGCGGAUGCGUUGGGCACCAGCACUCCUUUGAACUUGGCGAAGGAUGGAGAUGCUUCAGACAGGGAUCGGUUUGCGGAUGCGUCUUUCGACACGAACGGUGCAGAUGCCGAUGCGAGCAUGGUGACCAAAGUGUCCAUCCUCGAGCCCGAUGUGGAUGUCAGCGAGCUAGCGGAAGCGCUUGGUGCGGAUGAGGGUGUUCCGGACUUGUCGGCGGCAAAUACGGUGCCGCUGCCGGACGAUCCAGGCGCGGAUCUCGUCAUCAGCGAGGCGAUCGUUGAGCCUGAUCCACAGGUCAAGCCAAAGCUGAAGCUGGAUACAGAGGCGUCAGCGGUCGAGACAUCAUCAAGUAGGGAUGCAACGUCGCCUGAAAACGAAACGCGAGCCUCCGAUGCAGCCUCGAUCCGGACCAGCGCGAGCGCCAAAGCUUUUCCCUCGAUCUCGGUGACCUCAGCAGCGUGGUACAACACGAAAAUGCUACGCUCGGACGCGGCCAUUACCACCUCGUCGCCCAAACUCGCCGGCGCCACGAGCAUCUUCCCAAGCACCCACGAGCACAAAGGCACACCUGAACCCUUCGACACGUCGCUAGGCGGCAUAUCGGUGCAGUCGGAGCACCAUGACUUUGAACUGGAUGGAUGGGGAUACGAGGAGCCGCAACCUUUCCAGAGUUUCCGAUGCUAUGUGGGCGAAAGCGACGUGCCGCUCACACACGAGAGUGUAGGGUUGUUGCAAGAGCAGCCGUUCGAGUCCGUCGAGUACCGAGUGUCGUUCACGACGCGUCGGCUGCUGACGAUGCUGCUGAUCGAGAGGGUGACCUCUACCACGGGCUCGACGCUGGGGGCUCAAGGCUCGGAUACGAGGGGGGUGUUGGAUGACGCCUGGCAGGUGCUACGCCGACUACAGCGCAUGCUCAACGAUCAUGCCCGUGCUGGCAAAGGGGAACAGAAGCAGAACGACAGCUCAGCCGUGCGUUUCUUGCACCUAGACGGCGCAACACUAACGUUCCAGUCUUCGCUCGACGACGCCAGCGACGCAGCUGCCGUGAACAUGGAGGAAGAGGUACAGGUGGUAGCCGAGGCGCACUGCGUUUCGGCGAUGGAGCUCAUGCGUCGCCACGGGGUCGUUGAGACGUUUUCACGCUCGAGCAAUGGCAAGACGUGGACAGCAAGUCGGCUGGGCAAAAAGACCGGGGGAAAUGCGAAUCAGACGUAUAUGGUGCUGGCGGGUAAGAAGAUUAGUAUCGUCGAUUGCGAUACGGAGCUGAGGAAGUUGGCGAACCAGUAUCCAAGCUUUGGCAUUUGA